AUGCUUACACCAGAAGAUUGGAAGAAGACACACAAAGAAAACGAAUUUUAUUUUACAGAACCAGAACAAUUAUUAACGAUCAUAAAGACAUUAGAAGAACAAAAUAUGUUCUUGAUCCGUCAUUGUCAAGAAGCAGAAGAAACAGUUGAAAGAUAUAGAGAAAAGUUUGGAAAAUUAUUAGAUCAAAGAGAUGGGCACAUCAUAGAGAUGACUGAAAAGUUCAAUGAAGCUUCAGAAAAUCUUCGCAUACAUCAAGAAAAGAACGAGUCUUAUUUUGGAGGUAAAGACUUCAAGACUGGUGUAGAACUGUCUGAAAAGGAAGCAACUUCUCUUCACGACAAGAUAGCAGCAUUCUAUCAGACGCUUGAAUAUGAUUCAAGCUCAACUACAGAUACUUCAGCUAUGCUUGAAAGAAUUGAAGAGACUUUGCAAGGCCUUAUUCGAGACUUUCAGAGAAUUCCUCCUGACAUUAUCCAUAAGAAAGCUUCAGAAAAAGAUAGUCAAAGACGUGAGAAGCUUAGAUUGGAAAGGCAAGCAGAAACUAAGAAGAAAGAAAAUGAAAAGAGAAUGAAGACACUCAGAGAAGCUAAGCAGCCUAUUAAAUACAGAACAGGAAGGCCAUUAGUUCCUCGCCACAUUCCAAAGAGAGGCAUAUCUAAACAGGAAGCAGAAGAGCAAGCAAGAAUGAUGGAAUUAGAAGAACAAAAGGACAAAGAGCUAUUAUUUGGCGAAAUUUGGGAUUAA